AGUGCUUUACUUGGGUCCAACCCGUAGAGCCCGCUAUACUUGCCGUUUUGUGACGCGAGACCCGCAGCCGUCCCGAAAGCAAAGCAAAAACGGCUUCUUUCCCUCUCCCCUGCUUUGUGGAGUUCCUGCACCAUUUGACUUCGUUGUGGUUUCCUCUUUCCUCUUAAGCAUUUGUUGCCGCGGUGGCCGCACGUUGAUGGAGCCGUCAGUCGCUGCUGUGUGCCGCAUCUGCCAGGGCGAGGGUGGCCCCCUCAUUCGGCCCUGUCGCUGCGAGGGCAGUAUGGCCUACGCCCACCCCUACUGCCUUGCGGAGUGGAUUGCUUCGCGUGGGCGACUCUCCUGUGAGGUGUGCGGUGCCGCCUACUCCUUUCAGCUCGCUGUGAGGGACACGCCGUCUCUGCGGUCCAUCCGCGGUGCUGCACAGCUCACAGUUCUCUUCAUCCGAACGCUGCUGCGGCGUUGGUUUGUGAGGUUGGGCAUUGCUGGACAGGUUGCGGCGUGCCUCGUUACCCUCAUCUUCGGCACCUCCGCUAUUUGGGUGUGCUGUUGGCGCUGCGUAGCUCGUGGUCGUCUCAGCCUACGUGGCCAGUACAUCCCUCUACCGUUGUUAUGCAUCAUGAGCGUCUUGCUCAACAUCAUCCCUGGUGGUCUCCUCGUGUGUUAUGAGCGCUUCAAAGUGCUGGCGUUCGUCUACGAGGAUGCUAUUGAAGACCUCCCACCGGUGGUGCCCGCGCCGCUGCCACCGGAGACGCCCAUGGACGAAGCCGCUGCGGCGGCACUCAACAUACGCUUUACGAGUGUGCACAGUGACCACAACGGCAGCGGUGCUCCCGCUCCUGCCACGCACCGCUACGUUGCAAUUCGGCAGACGGGCAUGAAUACGGGCUCGGUGCUGCAGCUGCUACGUAAGAAGGUGAAGGAGGCAACGAAGCCAAGCCAGCGGAACCGCAUUUGGGACAACGCCGCACUGCGCUACAUCGCGCUUUUUCUUCUCAUCCACGUCGCGCUCGCCAGCGCUGUUGUGCUUGGCGACGCAACGCAGCAGUCUCUUGCCCUUCUCACACGUCUCCUCACUGUUAUUUCCAUUCGCUUCGCACUCAACAGGAGCUCCCCCUUGUGGGCUCUGCUCACAGAGGCGCUCGCGGCGGCGCCCCUCUCUUCACCGCUGUAUUGGUGCUCCGCGUUUAUAGUUGGCAUCAUGACGUUGCUCUAUCCGUUGCGGCUCGCUGCAGCGCACCUUGCCAGUUCUCACGCGCAGCUCUCCCGCACCUUAUCGCUCGUCUGCGUCUUUGCCCGCAGCGCGCUCUCCAUUGUCAUGAUGGUGGUUGUCUGGGCCACCGUCAUCCCUUGUAUCGUGUACGCCUGCCUCUUCCCCUUCUUUGUGGAGGGGGACGCGAGCGUCGUGAUGGCGCCGACGGAGGCGUGGCAAAUUCUGCGCAGCGAGCGGCUUCUCCCCUUCGUGUGCCGCGGUGCCUCCGUUGGCCCGCUGCCCCCGCCGGUGCGGCCGUUGACGCAGCCCCUCAACGUCGCCCGCGCGCUCUUCUUUGCCGCUCCGGACGUGUGGCGCGGGCGGAGCCCUUCUCUGUUCGAUCCCGUAUCUUGUGGGCUCGAGUCUCAGAGGACGUCGACACAAGGAUCAUUCUCACUGGCGGUCCACUUCGGUUCCUUCUGCGGGUGUGUGUUGCUGCGCGUGAGCACGCUGGCGACAUGGCUGACGCUUGUAGGUACGUUGCGUGCAACUUCUCUCUGGCUGCUGAGCGGAGCCUUUGCCGUACUCCUCCCCUACACCUCGCUCGCAAACUGCUUUCACGAUCAGCACGAUUUCUUCCGCACCUUUGUUCACUUGAAAGGCAGAGGCUUCUGGCGUGUACUCGGUGAGGUCCCAGCGUUCGUCGUGCUCUACACCAUCACCGUCGGUGUCGCCACCUUCGCCACGCUGCACCGCCUUUCACCCGACGCUUUUCCCCGCUCGGUGUCGUACCUUUCCUUUUACACCCUUACCCAUCGCUUCUCAGAGCUCGACUUUGUGUACAGCUGGUAUCGCAUCAUCAAAGCCGCACACAGCGGAGUGCAGACCGGUCUGGAGCGGCUUUUCCUCUCACGCGACGCAUCAUUCUCCGACAGUCGGCUGGCCUCGCAGGCCGAUCAGGUGCUCGAGCGCGGUGCCUACGUGGUGUGUCUGCUGUGCGCCAACGUACUCAUCGGCGUUUUGCUAGAGAGAGCCUCGUGGAACGGCUGGUUCCCUCUUUUCGGCUUCCUUCUGAACUUGGGCUGUCUCUCAUGGCUCGGCAUGGUUGUCGGCGGCGGCCUCCCCUCCCUCCGUCGCCGCCUUGCGGGCUGUGGAAUUCGGGCGACGAUGCUGUGCUUCUACGGUAUCUGGGUGACCUUUGAAGAGGGCGAUGUGUGUGUGUGCAACAAGCUGUCACGGGGCCGAUCCAACGUCAUCGCCGCUUCUCUGCUGCGCCACUCCUUUGAGCACAACGACCUGUGGCUUUCAGUCUUCUUUACACAACUGUUGGAUCACCAUGAUACAGAGGCUAUUCGGUGUUCAAGAGAGCUGCUGCUCCGCAUCAUGUCGCACACACUCAACCACGUCGGCACCUGCCCUCGACCGGCCGUGGCCGCCACACUUCUCGUCGUGGUCCCGUUUGGUCUGUGCUCUGCGUGGCACCUGGACUUUGUGACACCGGUGUCGACCGACUACAUUGCACUCCCGUUGUGGUUCUCGCUGCUGGCGCGGUGGGCGAUAGGGGCGUUGGCAGGCGGGGCGUGGGUGUUGGUUGAAGGACGUGUUCUGCGGACCGCCCUCUUUCGGCGCUGCCUUGAAUUUGCCCCACAGGUCAUCAUGGAAGGUCCAUCUUUGGAAACCACGCACGCUGUUUUGAUCCCGCUUGUGAUACACUGCGUCGCAGUGCGGCUGGUGAUUGCGGGGCUCGAGUAUCUCUAUGGCAGCGCACUCGCAACCGACUAUACGAGGCUCCCCGUGAUGGCAGCUGCGGUGUUGAUCCUCCUCGCGGUGGUGCAUAUGCGGGUGAAAAACGCAUUGUGGAGAUUUGGCCGCCACGUCGUGGCAGAGGGAGUGCGCGGUGGGCAGCGAGGAGCGCGACCGGCGGCUCCCGCACCCCCGCCUCUUGUCGAGCCACCCCAACACCCCAUGCCACCGCGGCUACCCGUUGAGCAUGCACCGGAAUGGCACGACGUCCCCGUGGAGGCCGCAGAGGAGGCGGCAGAAGAGGACCAAGUCGAUGUAAAUCACGUAGCGCCCGCCCCAGACGCCCAUCCGCCGCCACGGGAUGAGUUUCCACAGCACCAACCAAAGCACUCCAGUUUUAUGAGCCGAUUACAGGAGCGCAUUGCGCAGUGGGCUGCCUCGGAGAGUGCCACCGAUGUCGUGCUGGUGGACUACGCAAACCCCUCGUCUCCAUCGCCCCCGUCGUGA